AUGCCACAAGAUUCAGUCCGCCCAACUUCCGGGGCUGCAGCUUCCCUGCAAGCUACCGACCACUCCCACAACAUCAUCAGCUGCGCACGCAGCAAACAGUGGCAAUCUGCACUGCAUCUUCUUGCUGGACGGCUGGGGUGCCACAGUGGAGUGGCAGUUUGCGCAGCCAUCACCGCUUGUGCCUCCCAUGUAGCCUGGCCCCAGGCGCUUCAGCUGCUCAGGGACCUGGACCACUCGUUUCUGGAGGCGAACAUUGUCCACGUCAGCGCGGCCAUCACGGCCUGUGAUAAGGGUGGUGCUUGGAAGCAGUCGCUUUGUCUGCUUUCUGGCGUCGAGGGACGAAGUCUGGAAGUAGAUGUCAUCGUGGUGAACUCGGCCAUCAGUGCGUGUGCCACUGCAGCAGUCUGGCACCAGGCCUUGCAGCUUUUCCAUGGGCUGUGGAAGCUGGGCUUGAAGUCUGAUGUGGUGUCCCACAACGCGUUGAUCAGCAGCCUCGAGAAAGGUGCACAGUGGCAGCUGGCCAUGUGCGUAUUGGAUGAGAUGAACCGCAGUGCGGUAGAAGCCAACACCAUCACCUACAACUCCUGCCUAAGCGCUUGCGUCCGCGGUGAAGAGUGGCAGAAGGCCCUGCACAUUUUUUGGAUGCUGCGGCAGGAGUCGGGGUUGCAGCCCAGCAUCGUCUCCCUCACUGCUGCUGUCACUGCCUGUGCUGCAGGCGACAAGUGGCAAGCAGCGAUUCUGCUUGCAGCUUCGCCAGCAUCAUCGACAAACGCAAAGCCAGCCGCAGCUGCUUGCAAUGCUGCGAUUUCCGCUUGUGGCAGCUGCGCGAAGUGGCGGCAUGCACUGGCUUGUUUUGCGGACGCUCUGUCUCGCAAGAUGCGCCCUGAUGUCAUCACAGUCAGUGCUGCAAUCAGCGCCUGCGAGAAAUCCGCGGAGUGGCAGCAGGCGUACGAGUUGUUUGGCGGUUUGCAGCGGCUGUGGCUUCAGCCAAAUGUGGUGGCUGCUGGAGCAGUCAUCAGUGCCCUCGAGAAAGGGGGCGAGUGGCAGAGAGCUCUACAUCUGCUGAUGGAAAGCUGGAGCAGCGGGGUGCAGGUCAACACUGUGGUCCUGAAUGCAGCAGUGAGUGCAUGUGAAAAACGUGGGCAGUGGCAGAUGGCAUUGCACGUGCUGUGCUAUUCCGUUGGCAACGGGAUCGAAGCGGAUGUUAUCUCUUACAGUGCGGCCAUCAGCGCCUGUGAAGAAGAAGCUCAGUGGCAAGCUGCACUGCAGCUGCUGCAAGACUUGAGAAGCAGCUAUUUGGUGGCGAACGUGGUGGCACUGACCGCAGCGAUUAGCGCUUGUACUAAAGGCAGGAACUGGCAAAGUGCCAUUGCUUUGUUUGCCGAACUCCGUGCAGCAGCACUGCAGCCUAACAUUGCCAGCUAUGAUGCCGUUCUUCUAGCAUUGGACGAGUCUGCGCGCUUCGAGGAGGCGCUCUCGCUUUUUGAAGAGUUGAAGACGGUCUCCAUCGAGGCCGAUUCGUUCCUGUACCGCUGCAUGCUCAACCUGUCCGAGAGAGCCGGUGAUGGCGUCUUUGCACGAAGCUGCCUUCGCGACCUCGAGAACAUGGCUUGGCAUGCGGCAGCGAAAAAAGGAAGCUCUUGUUCAUUCGUUUUCAGGACCAAAGGUAUUCUGUGCUUGGGGCAGUAG